CACCCCCCCCCCUCUAGCGUUGGUCUAUUUUUCUAACAAUUGGUAUCGGAGCCUUACUCGCGUCCUAACUUAAUCGUUUGAGAGUAAAGCGAUCAUGGGUUCUUCUUCUAGAAAUCUUUAUGCAGGAAUUGGAGAAGGUCAAUCAACCUCUAGGCCACCACUCUUUGAUGGCACCAACUACUCCUAUUGGAAGGAACGGAUGAGAAUCUAUAUCCGUUCCACCAACUUCCAGUUGUGGUUGGUAAUCAAAAACGGCGAAGAAACGCCAAUUAAGAAGGUCGGUGAAAAACUCGUCCCAAAGACCGAGGACGAAUUUCAUGCCGAAGACAUCAAAAAGGUGGAGAACUACGCCAAGGCAAUCAACAUACUGUACUGCGCGGUCAACCCUGAUGAUUAUCGCAAGAUCUCUUGCUGCACCACCGCCAAAGAUAUGUGGGACAAGCUGGAGGUCACAUACGAAGGUUCGGAUCAAGUUCGGGAAGCCAAAAUUGACUUCCUAACACAGGAGUAUGAGAUGUUUAGGAUGAAGGAAGGCGAAAAGAUCGAUAACAUGUUCGAUCGGUUCUCCAAGAUCAUCAACGACCUUCAUUCCCUCAAAAAGACCUAUGCCAACAAGGAUCUUGUGAGGAAAAUCCUGCGGAGUCUCACACCCGAAUGGAGAUCAAAGGCCGAUGCAAUCUACGAAUCCAUCGGAGAUUCCAAUGUCACCAUCGACGGGUUAAGAGGUAAUCUCAAAACUUAUGAAUCCACUAUUGUAACCAUAUCUUUGGAUGAACAAAAGAAGAAAGGUAUAGCACUUAAAGCAACCAAGGAAACGAUGGAAGAAGUUUCUGCGAUGACGACAACGAGUUUGGACUCGUCAUCAAGAAGUUUCACAACCAAGCACGGCAAGGACAAGCCCGGUUUCAAGAAGCAAAUGGCUUACAUCUCUUGGGGUGGCGAUUCCAGCGAUGAAUCAACUGAGCAAGAGGAGGACGAAGUUGCAAAUCUUUGCCUCAUGGCGCACGAAGACCAAAACGACGACGUCCAAGAGGGCAAAGACAAGCAAAGAGCAGGUACCUCCGGGAAAUCUAAGCCUAAAUCCCAGGCACCAGCGACGUUCUCCGAGGAACGCCUCUACUACGACGAUGGGUCUUACCUCUGGUUCGAUUCCGAGGAGGAACGCACCCGUUUCCUCACUUUUUUCUCUAAACGGGUUGUGGCUCCCCCACGGAUCGUCCCGGAGCGCUUCCCGGAGUUGCAGGGCUACGACGAUCUAGACGUGCAAGUUCAUCAAGUCGGCCUUUGGCCGUUCGUCUCCCCGGCUCGGAAGGAGAUCGACCCGGCGCUGAUUCGGGCCUUCUACUCCAACCUCCGACGUGAGGGCGAUGUGCUCUACUCUCUUGUCAAGAGCACGCCGAUAGAGCUUUCCGUUGAGCAACUUGGGCGCAUCGCCGGCCUCCCCUACCAAGGCGACGACGUCUCCCACUAUGGCGGAGAGGAAUGGGUGCUCAACAACGAGGGCCUUAUCAUCAAUGAGCUUGGCAUCACCGAGCUCAUUCGCCAUGCCUCGGGCCGCCCCACCAUCCACUCUACGAUCACCGAGAGCCGGCUCCUUCUCUACAUCGUGUCCCGAAUCAUCAAGCCCCGGAAGCAUGGGCAGAUGAUCAUGUCUGGUGAGGACCUCAAGCUUCUCAAUGCGAUCAUGCACAUGGCCCCGAUCAAUUGGGCAAAGUUUGUCAUGAUCAACAUGUCGGUCGCCGUGUCCACCGACCGCGAUCACCUCCUCCCGUACCUGUUUGUGGUGAUGGACAUCCUUGAACGGUUCAAGGUAACGACCACCGUUGGCCCGCUCACGAAGGCCACGAAGAUUUGGGCGAUCAGCACCCAAACCUUCAAGAAGCGGUCGGACAACGCCGGACCUGCCACUGCCGUGCUACGGCGCCGUUUUGCUGCUGGCCCAGCCGAACCCCAGGCCCGGGCCAACCUUACCUCCAUCGCCGACUCCCUCAACCGGCUUCACUUCAAAGUUGACAGGAUGGAUGGCUAACUUGAGCGGCUAGAUGAGGGUGUGCAACGCCAAGGGUACGCCAUGAACGCGUACUUCCAACGCGUUAACUACGUCCCCCCACCGUACCAUGGGACGUUCUUUGGGCAAGUGUACGCUGACGAGGACGAAGACGAUGACUCCUACGCCCCGUCAAGCUCCCCGGGCAAAGAUGAGUUC